AUGCCACAAUAUCCAGCUCCUCCCGCUGAAGCUAAGGGCAGCAAAACAACUCGGGCCUUGCCUACUGGAUGGAUUGAGGAGAAGGACCCCAUUUCUGGUCAAUUAUACUUCGUCGACCAACCAAUCCUCUCAGACACGCUUUCGUUGAACCCUCUGGCGACUUGGGAUGAUCCCCGCUUGAACCCCUCUUUGUAUCCCAACCAUGAUCCUUCUCUCGGUGUGACGGUUCGUCAUCAUCAGCCAACAUCUACUGGGAACAACAAAGACAACAAUACGCCUUCCUCCACCUCCUCCCGGCUUCUGCUUCCUUCCUUCCCACAACCAGUGCCCGUUCCCGUCGUCAAGGAUUAUCCUGAUUAUCCGAUUGGUCGACCCUCGGGAGGUGCAGCGAUCCUAACUGUCGCAGGGGCAGCCAUUGCAGCUGGGAUGGUUCAUAGUCGAGCUACUGGUACCACACGUCCUUGA